AUGGCUGCUUCAGCGAGUCGAUUCGCAUCGCUUGGUGAGGAACAAUUAGAGGAAAUCAUUGAUCAAAAAGAUGCCCGUUCAACUAAAAGGGUUAUCACUUUGGCGGAGAAUGUUCUCAAAGCUUACUGUGAACACAAAGGAUUUACAAUCCAAGAAACAAUCACAUCAGCUGAGCUGAGCAAUUUUCUUCGAUCGUUUUAUGCGGAGGUGCGUAGAUCAAACGGUGAACUGUACAGUAAACGUUCGAUGAUAACGCUACGAUAUGGACUACAGAGACAUUUCAGCAAAUUUGGUUUCAACAUCGUGAAUGACCCGGAAUUCAGAGAAGCAAAUGACAUGUUUCAUGCUGUUCUUGUAAAGCUGAAGAAGGAAGGAAAGGGAUCUGUUGAUCACAAGGAACCGAUCACAAAAGAUGAUUUUUUGAAAAUUAAAUCAUCGACAGCAACUGAUGUGAACACACCGAGAGGACUUCAAAACAAAGUUUUCAUGGACAUUAUGAUGCAUCUGUGCAAUCGUGGGAGAGAAAACUUGCGGAAUUUUUCUAAGAAAGAUUUCGUCGUUGUAAAGGAUUCAACAAAUGAGAAAUAUGUCUACCUCGCCACUGAUAAAUUAACUAAAAAUCACCGUGGAGAAUCACUGGACGACUCACGCAGUCAACAAGGAAGGAUGUAUCAAACCCACAAACCGGACUGUCCCGUUGAAACUUUUGAACUGUAUGUUUCUCAUCUUAAUCCUGCAUGUGAGGAUUUUUUUCAGCGUCCGAAGAUAGGUGUGGAAAGAAAUCAACAAGUGUGGUACUAUAAUUCUCCCGCAGGCAAGAAUACAUUGGGUGAAAAAAUGAAGAAAAUAUCACUUGAAGCCAACACAUCUAAGGUGUACACAAACCACUGCUUACGCGCAACGUCAAUCCACGUCCUGGAUGCGAGUGGAUUUGAAGCGAGACACAUCAUGUCCGUAUCCGGACACAAGUCGGAAAGUAGUAUCAAACACUACUCUUAUGUUGAUGAAGCUAAAAAAAGAUGCAUGAGCAGAUGUCUGUCAUCUAUGGGUGAUGGAACAGCUGGUCCAUCGACACAGACGAGGCCUACAGCACCGUCCACUUCUCGCAUUCAUCCUAGUACUAGUACUAGGCCUACUAGUCCAGGACCAGGUCCAGGACCAGGACAUAAUCCUACAGCUCUCGUGCCAGCAGCAAAUACCGAAGAUGCAUCGUCACAAAGUUCACAGUCUCAGUCUUCACCUCAAAUAAAUGUUGUCUCGAACAAAUUAGCCUUGGACAAGAAGCGGCAGUACAAUUUUUACAAUUGUACGGUCAAUUUUUACAACUAA